AUGGAGGCACCAUUUCGUAAUAGAUCUAGCAUUACAACGUGGACAGGUCAUCCAAUCAACACGCACUGCACUGCUGCAAAAGCGGCUGUACCUUCUUACCCUCCAGCACCAUUUACUUGCAACACACAAUUUACACCAGGGCUUAACAAUCUUCCAUCUACAGUACUUGGUUAUUUGCAUACAGUUUAUGGUGAUGCUGCACCGGGUGUGGGUAGCAUUCCUCCAGUCAAUUCGGUUUUGACUAGUGCCCAAGAACCACCAGCCAGGGUGCCUAAUAACUACAACGAUCACCGACAGUGGCCACAGAUAUCUAUCGGUCAUACUCCUACCACGCCAGCUGCGAUAUCUGAUAUCCGUGGAGAGGAAGCUAAUGCCCUUUCGAAUAGGGUGAUGCACAUCUGCUCCUGUGUGUCAACUGAACGCAUGGAUGAAAUGUUAAAGGCUAAUUACGCGUUAGAGGCAGUUGGUAUUAGCAUGAAAGAUCAACCACUGAAAUCCAAAGCAGAUGAGCGGGCUCUCGCCAUUAUGCAAUCGACUACAAAGUACUUGGAAAAUGAAAAGCGUUGGGAAACGGGUUUAUUGUGGAAAUUCGAUAAAAUCGUUUUACCAAAUUCGUAUUCCAUGGCAUUGCAACGCCUCAGUUGUUUGGAAAAACGCAUGACCCGGGAUCCACUCUUACGGAAUUUUCUCAACAAACAAAUUCGUGAGUAUGAAGAUAAAGGAUAUAUUCGGAAAUUGACAAAAGAUGAGAUAUCUCAUGGAAAAAGGUCGUGGUUCAUUCCAAUUUUCACCGUAACGAAUAAAAAUAAAAACAAGACAAGGCUCGUUUGGGAUGCCGCUGCCACCGUCAACGGUAUCGCUCUCAACACCUAUUUAAUGAAAGGGCCCGACCUUCUGGCGUCUCUGGUUGGAAUACUUAUACGAUUUCGUGAGCGAGCUUUUGCAAUCACAGGAGACAUUCGCGAGAUGUUCCAUCAAAUUCGAGUGCGCAGCAAAGACCAAACCGCACAGCAAUUUUUGUGGCGACAUGGGAAUAGCUCUAGAGAUCCUGAUACUUACGUAAUGACGGUGGUGACUUUUGGUGCUGCUUGUUCUCCAUCAUUGGCAAAUUUCAUCAAAAACAAAAAUGCUUCGCGUUUCAUCAAUGAAAACGCUAGUGCGGUUGGGGCAAUUCAUCGGAACAUGUACGUGGACGAUUGGCUGCAGAGCGUAGAUACGCAGAAAGAAUUGAUCGAUUUGGCGUUGCAAGUCAAGCAUAUACACGGUGAAGGUGGCUUCGAGAUGCGCAACUGGCUGUCAAACUCUACCAAUGCACUGCAUGCCAUUUCCAGGACGGCAAAGCAAUCGGCAAAAAUCAUAAUGCAAAAUAUUUGGCGAUCUGGUGUCACCUGGGAUGCACCUGUGCAAAAAGACGAGCACGAAGCAUGGCAGUCAUGGGUUCGAUUGUUACCACGAAUACACGACGUACGCAUACCACGCUGUUACCCCUUAGCCAGCUUUACUCACGACGUUCAGCUCCAUAUAUUCUGCGACGCGAGUAGUGUAGCGUAUGCGGCAGCUGCUUAUCUAAGAGCCACCGUCAGUGGUAAGGUGAAAUGUUGUUUAGUGGCCUCGAAGUCGCGAGUAGCGCCACUGAAACCGGUUUCUAUACCGCGGUUAGAGCUGAUGGGUGCCAUUUUGGGCUUGCGACUCGCAAAAUUUAUUAGAAAUGAAUUAACCUUGCCUAUCAGCGAGGAGGUGUACUGGACCGAUUCAAAGAACGUUCUUCACUGGAUCCGAUCAGACACUCGAAAGUUUAGUCAAUUUGUUGGCGUAAGAAUCGGAGAAAUUUUGGAGUCAUCUAGCAUCAAUAACUGGAGGUGGGUGCCUUCAGCCGACAACGUUGCCGACGACGCCACAAAGUUGAAGCAGUAG